AUGGCGCUUCUACGUAUUCCCUCACCUCAACUAUCCACAAAACAACACCAUCGAGCAAUAAUAACCUCUUUCUCCUCCAUAGACUUUAACAAGAACAAAAACUACUCCAUCAACCUCAAAUCCAAUCUCUUGUUUUCUUCCAUUCACUCGCUACGUCUAUCUACUACUAUCACAACCAAACAACACGCUAGUUUCACUCUCAGAUUUUCCCAACAACAACAACAAACUCAAGUAACCGAAGAAAAUGCAGAAGAAUUUUCUAGUACUAGGUUGCUUGCUCAGAAUGUUCCGUGGACAAGUACGGUUGAAGAUAUUCGUACUUUAUUUGAAAAACAUGGGAGAGUCGUUGAUGUUGAGCUUUCUAUGUAUAAUAAGAACAGAAACAGAGGUUUAGCGUUUGUGGAAAUGGGUUCACCAGAAGAGGUUCUUGCAGUUUUCAGUACUCUCCAAUCAUAUGAGUUUGAAGGCCGAGUAAUAAAUCUCAAAUAUGCUCGACCCAGAAAGGAGAAAAUACCGCCACCAGUGGAACAUAAGCCAAUAACAUUUAACUUGUUUGUUGCAAACUUGUCGUAUGAAACAAAGUCUAAAGAUCUCAAAGAAUUUUUUGACUCGGGAGCUAGUGGAGUUGUUUCUGCAGAGGUUGUGUACCAUGAGAAUCCCAGAAGACCAUCUGGUUAUGGAUUUGUGUCCUUCAAGUCCAAGAAAGAAGCAAAUGACGCUCUUUCCGAGUUUCAAGGAAAGAAUUUGAAGGGAAGGCCAAUCAGGGUUGCACCUAGUAGGCGAUUUGUUCAACUGGCAGAGGAGAGUGCAGUGUCCAAAGAUACAUCUUCUGAGUCGAGCGCGAACGAGGCAGUAGUUUUCAUUUUUGUGAACUUGAAGCUGAAAAGAUAA